AUGCUUUGCAGUCGCGUAUCGUCGGCCGCUUCGGCCGCGGCCGGUCGGUCACUUGCAGCCCCAGUAUCUCGGAGCUUCGCGACAGCAUCCGCAGUGGGCACAGCGCGCAACCACAAGGUCGUGGUUGUUGGGGGUGGCGCCGCGGGUCUCACUGUCAGUCAUCAGCUCUUGCGCACCGGCAAUUUCUCCAAGGAUGAUAUCGCCGUGGUGGAUCCGGCCAUUUGGCAUCACUACCAGCCCGGAUGGACUCUGGUCGGUGGAGGUCUCAAGAACAAGGAUGAUUUGCGACGACCCAUACAUAGUCUGAUCGACCCCAAGCUCAAGUUCUACAACGACAGUGUGAGUGGAUUCUCACCGGAAAACAAUACCGUGACUCUCGGCAAUGGCGACAAGGUCAACUACGAGCAACUGGUGGUGGUCCCCGGUAUCAAGGUCGACUUCAACAGCAUCAAGGGCUUGCCAGAGGCCCUCGCAGACCGCAACUCGCUCGUCUCAUCCAUUUAUGGCUACGAUUGGUGUGACAAGCUUUAUCCCACCGUCGAGAAGCUUCAGAAAGGUGUGGCUCUUUUCACCCAGCCGGCUGGUGUGGUCAAGUGCGCAGGCGCCCCCCAAAAAGUCAUGUGGCUCGCUCUUGAUCAUUGGAAGCGCGCCGGUCUUUACAACCCCAGCAACUCGUCGAGCGGCCCGAUUCAGAUUAGCUUCGCCACCGCGUUGCCCGGCAUGUUCGGCGUGCCCAAGUACAACGCCAAACUGGAGGAGUUCCGCAAAGAGAGAGGUGUGGAGGGACUGUUCCAGCACGAUCUGGUCGAGAUCAACGGCCAAACAGCUAUCUUCAAGCGUCUAGACAACCAGGAGCAGGUGGAGAAGAAGUUUGAUUUGCUGCACGUCGUGCCCAAGAUGGGACCCCACGCAUUCAUCAAGAACAGCCCUAUUGCCAACGAGGCCGGUUUCGUGGAUGUCGAGGACAGCAUCUUGCGCCACAAGAAAUACCCCAACGUGUGGGCGGCCGGUGAUGCUUCCAGCCUGCCCACGUCCAAGACAGCGGCUGCGAUCACAGCGCAGGCCCCCGUUCUGGUGAAGAACCUGGUGGGCACCAUGGAGGGUAAGGAGCCCAAGGCGACAUACGACGGAUACACCUCGUGUCCGCUCCUGACCGAGUACGGCAAGGUCCUCCUGGCCGAGUUCAAGUACGGUGGCGUACCCAAGGAGACGUUUGGUAACGUGCUGGGCAUUGACCAGGCGACUCCUCGUCGGGCAUUCUACCAUCUGAAGAAGGACUUCUUCCCCUGGGUAUACUUCAACUCCAUGAUGAAGGGUACCUGGGGUGGACCCAAGGGCUGGCUCGCGGGAUUUGACUAG